AGUAGACAAAAUCUCGAUAGUUAUUAAGUCACUUCUUCAGCUUUGGCAACUACCUAAAUAAGAAAAUUAAAUGAAAUCAAAUAACUUAAAUUGUAUAAUGUAUAAUUAUUAUUAAAGUGUAACUUAUAUUGUUAUAUUGUCAAAAUUUUUAGUGUCUUAUUAAUCUACUUUUUGAAGCUUUAUUGCACUCCAACACUUUUUAUAAUUAGUUAAUGAAAUCAAAUAACUCACGUUUAUGUAAAUCAUUUGCUAAUUAUAAGAAUAUUACGUUCAUACAUUACAAAAUAGAUUUGAAUAUAUAGAAAUUCAACAAAACUGGAUCAUAGAAAUCGAUUUUUGUAACUGAUUAUAAAACAGUUAUUAAUAAUCAUUUUCUGACAAGCUACUUAUAAUAUUAUUUUAUAAAAAAUGAAAACAUUUUUCUACCCUUUCAAUAAUUCUUUUUUGAUAAUAAAAAAAAAAAAUUAGCACAUCCUACCAUAUAGUUAAAAAUCUGGACCAGUCACUUGAGGCUAUCAAGAAUCAACAUUCAACAUGGCUGUUUCGUUGUGGAGGACAACUUCUUGCCUUUUAAAACGCUCCAUUUCUGUGGCAUCUGUUCGAUGUGGGCAUGGACCACCAUCAAAACCUGUCGACAUACAUAAAGGAAAAGUUCGUAAGUGUCUCGUUCUUAGAAAUUUUGCGAACAAAAAUGAAAAUUUUAUGAAUAUUAGUGUUGACCUUUGUCAAGUGUCCGCCCGAUUAUAUACCGGUAUUAAAUUGCUUGCAUAUAAUUGUAGUCACGUAGGCAUUUGUUUGAGAAUUUUAUACUAGUCAAAAUCAUCAAUUAAAAUUUAGAGAUAAAUAUUUACUUUUCAGUUUAAUUGUUUAACCUUAGAAAUAAUUAAAAAUGUAAAAAAAUUAUAAAAUUUUAGACUAAUUUUAGAAAUAAAUUUGAUUGUAGAUUUAUUAUUAUUAAGACUAAUAAUUAAGAGUAAACAGUAAACAUACCCUGGCCUUCAUAGGUUUAAGUAGUUCAAGACAGAAAUAGGAUUCAUUUGGACUUGGGUUAUCCAGCGGUGUGGAGAUGGCUAUUUGCUUUAGGGAAUCAACUUAUGAUUCUAGAAGAAUAAUCCCAGGCCUUCCGAUUUCUUCCUGCGAAAGUUUACACCUUAGUCACAUUGUGAUUGACAGAUGCCAGUUAAGUGCUGAUGGGCAUCUCCAUACAUAGCAAGUUAUAGUUAUAGUAAAGGAAUUAGAGAAAACUAUUGACCCUCAAAGUGCAGGAUUUUGAGAGACUAUGGUCUUUUGAUGACAGCAGUAAUGCAUGUAAAUCUAAAAAGUACAAUGUCAGUAAAUAAGCAACAAAAGCGUGAAACAAAAAACUUUAAUAUCUCAUUCGUGAUAUUUAACAAAAAGUUGACUCAAAGUCAAGGAUGUGGAUAAUUUUGGGAGUGGCGUGUAUAGCAGUGUUGUACCUUGACUGAAUGCUGCCAAGGAUGAAGUCUCAAAAGUGUCUCUGCCCACCACACAUCAAUUUAUAUGUGAGACUGUGUGUAAACCCGCCCAGGUCUUUAUGCAGUGUUUCUUUCAAUUUCCUCUGGGGAGUGGAGGUAUUUUAAGUGAGCAGGGUGGGUGGACAGAUAACCCCUGCAUGCCAAAUAGUAAGGGCUCUGAUGGUAUUUAAUGGGUGAAAAUAAUGGGUUUCAGAAUUGAGUGGGGGUGGGUAAAAAUAAAUAUUGUCCCCUGGUGCAAAGCACUAUAGAUGUGCCUUUACCAGUGAUGUAGAAACGGGGGUUGUCAUCCCCUCUUUAUAUGAAGGGGCAGCAUUUUUGGACAACUGCUGACUUUGCAUUGUGAAAGGGAGUAGGCAAAGUACUGUGUAUCUAUUGGAACCAAAAUUAGUGAUCAGUGCCUACUAAACUGUCAUUUUUAUAAGCCUGUAGGGCAGAUUAUGAGGCACCAAUGGCUUUUGAGUGGAAGUGGGGUCUGGGGAGUUAUUAAUCACCAUAAAAAAAUGUAUGGGGGGGGGGCGCUUGAACCUGGUUACUUAUUAGGAAAUAAUUAGCAAAGUUAAGGGAAACCUACAAAUGGACACAGUGAAACAACUGAUGUGUUGGCAGAAAGCCUUCUUCAGUUUAAAAAAAAAAAAAAAAAAUGAACAAUAAAAAAAACAAAAAUAAAAAUAAUUUACAAAAGAAAGAUAAAAAAAAAACCAAAAAAAAAAAAAAAAAAAGUGAACUAUAAAAUAAACUAAAAUAACAAUAAUUUGCAGAGGAGAGUUCAAGAAAAACUCCAUGAAAAAAAGGUAGAAAAACUUCAAUUAUAAUCUCUGAAACACAAGUUGACUCUCAUCCAGAUGGCCGCUAGCAUUAACACUAAUUUUCAUUUCCCAUUCAAAGUUGUCUUUAACAAAAAUAGCAUCAAUGUCACCUACAUUAAUUUUAAAAGAUUGUAUAUCAAUUUAUCUCAUUGUUGCAUUACCUAAGCUUGGUAGUAAACUUCACAUGAGCUUCGCAGGGUGGGAAUGAAAAUGGAUGCCACAGCAGUAAAUUGUGGAGUAGCCUUUCCCUUGCAUGUUGUGAUAUGUGGACUUCCCAGUGGUGUGUUGUGGAUGUAAGAGUCCUUCCAACACAGUCCUAUCAAUGCAGACUAAAUGCUUGUUCUUUUUGGAUGUUUAUUGGGCGGAGUCCUUGGAAUCUGGCCUCAGGGAAAUGAUCCUCAAUCCAGCUGUUAACCCACGAAGUGUCUAUGUUAUGUUUCUGAACUGUUGGGGAAUUUUGAGUUUUUUGGGUGCCUUUGAAAAAGGUGAUUUUUCACAUGCAAAUACCCCUAGACCCCAUAAUGUAUAUAUUUAUUGAAAGUAGACUGAGUGGGGAAUCAUACUGGCUAUUUUUUAAUAUUUUAUACUCGCUGACCGUGACCCUCUCUUUGGAGUGACCAAGAAUAAAGAAAAUAAUGAAAUUUGUUGUUUUUUUCAAGUACCCUAAACUACAAUUUUUUAAAGCCAUAUUAUUAUAAUCUUUAUAUAAUAUGAUAACUUAUUUAUGUAUCUUUCAGAAAAUGUAUUACUUGUAUAUGUUUUAGUUAUUAAUAAUUUUUUUUUUUAAAAAUUCUUCUGAUACCUAUAAUUAUGUUCAAGUAACAAAGCAUGACAUAAACAAUAUAAACAUUACUAAAUAGCAUGAAACAGAUAAAAUUUAAAUAGCUGUUAUAUAAAUAUUUAAUCCAUAAAAUGAAAUAAAAGAAAACAUAUAUAGAACAAUAUCCAAUCAUUUUUUUGUACAAAAUCAUCUGCAACAUAGUGUUGCUGCAACGCAUACUGGUUCUAGGCCUAGGUUAAUGGUUUGAACAUUCGGUUUCUGAUCCACUAUUAAAAUAAUUGGAAUUAUCUUUGUCUACAUGUGUAAUCGGAAAAUCAUCUUCCGGGUACAUCAUCAAAGAUGUCAUAUGUUCGAUAAAUUGUUCAUUAAUUGCUAGAUUUUCUUGAUGCUGAUAAGGUUCUUUGUAUUUUGUAUUGAGAUACAUAAGAGUCUCCCUAUUUUGCACAGCAAGUCUCCUUUAUUUUCAGUAUCAGAAACUUUUAUGAAGCUCAAUGGUGCCUUGAAUAUUUCCCUCGUUAUAAUGGCCUUGCUCUUAGUCCAUCAUGUAAGGAUUUCCUGGACCACAGUCUUUUAAAAUUAAGAGCUUGAAUAAGUCCCGCAUUCACAUUAAAUUCACUUAGUAGAUAAAACUACUCUUCAAUGAUCUUAUACCGGUACCAUACCAAUUUUUGAAAACGGCAAGUUUCUUCGGUCCAUUGUGCUACACAUACUGCUUACUAACACGCAAACGAAUCUGUAGUAAAAUAUAAUUUGAAAAGUCUAUUUGCUUUUGAAAUCUCUUUAUAUCUUCUCUUGUUUUUAAAAUCAAAAAGCUAUAUGAUUUGUACCUCUGUUAUAAAUGCAGAAAUGCUCUUAAUUAAGAGUCCCACAGUCAUUUUCAUCAUAAUCCAUUGAUAUCUGCCUAUCGUAGAUGCUGUCAGCCACUGUCAAUAAAUAUUUAUUUUAAAAUGUUUAUUAGUUUAGCUCAAAUACAACAUUUACAGUGUAUUAAAAAGAUUUCAAAAUAGAAAACAAUCUGUGAAAAUUACUUUUUUUUCAAUGAAAAGGAAACACAGCUGAUUGUUUACAAUAUAAUAAUUCUCUUUGUAAUGGUAAUAGCCUUACUUGGAUUAGGGAUAACAAUACUUGUCCACGCACCGUUCUGCGCAUGUCCUAAAAUGUAGAAAAAACAUGUUCUGCAAUAUGGCGUUUAGCAACACUGUAUCAUUGGAAAAUUGCAGACUACGUCACCUUUGUUUAUUAAAUAAUUGCUUUCCUCAUCACUGACAUAUCAGUUUUUGUGUUCCGGUCAUAUAUUGAUUUAUGCUACGAUAUUUUUUUUGCAUCACAGGCAGUAUUAUUAUGAUGACACGGUUAGUAUAUAAAUCGCAUAAAUACUUUUUUACUAGUAAAGCCACCAAAAUAAGGUUUAGUGCUCCCUAAUCUACAUUCAUUGUAAGAGUUUUUUUUCAUUUUUUGAGUUAUUAUCGUUGAGCUCUCGAUAAAAAAUUAUGCAACCCCCGAAUAAGUGGGGGGUAUGAAAUUAUCAUUAUUUUUUUAUUUUGAUCGAGAAGCCGUAAAUGGCUGCUAUCACUGUUAUUCGUUAAUGUUAAAUCCUUAAACAUCUAAAUAAUUAUAAGACGUUUAAAAUGAAUCAUUUUAAGACAAGAUUAUAAGCAGGGGUGCCACUUUUCCGGGUUAUCCCGGAAUUCCGGAUUCGUGAGGCUAAAUAUUUUUCAGUUCCGGAUUCGCGAGUUUUUAUAUUCUCUCUUUCCGGGUUCGCCAGUUCAAUUUAUUCAAAUACGGAUUCUGUCUGUUUUUGUUUUUUUUUAAAGAAUCAACGUGCAACAGAAUUCGCGAAAAACCAGGAAAAUUCCUGAAAAUGGACGUUAAUCACCGAUCUCGUCUAUUUUUAGCCUUUCUGUUGCCAGAGAGCUAGUGGUUUCCCCUUGCGCAUGCGCUUUACACUACGCGUUUCGAGUACCGUACUACUUCGAUAGACCAGAAAUAUUUAUUUUCUGUUCACGUCGCCGAUCAAGAGAUAUUUGAAGUGUUUGGGUAAGCAAAGUGUAAAAUUUAGUAAAUAUCUUUUUAAUUUAGUUUUUAAUUGUUGGGUAACCAUUAUCAUUAAAGAAAACUACACAUCCGAGCGCUGUCUAACAAGACUAAGCUUAGCGUACGUUGUUAUGUAGCUUCUUACUGUUAGCAGGCGACUUGUAUUUUUUUUUUAUUAGAAGAGCUAGGCGGCGUUUAACUUUUUUAAAAAGACUUCUUAAGUUCACUUGACAUUUAAUUACGGAGUAAGCCUUCUCAUUUUAAAUAGGCCAAUAUGAUUAAGUUAUUUUUUAUCCGUUCUGUAGUGAGCCUGACAUAACUGUAUUUAGUUAGUUUUUAUUUAUUAGUUAUGCACUCCCGUGUUCUGACUCUGGAUUACUAGUGUUCAUAAUGCUCUGUAUUACCGUAGCAGUAGUGCCGUAGUUAAAUACUGGUAUAAUAUAGUCGAUAUUAUUAUUAUGUAUGCCUUACUAUAAACUAUAAAUCUAAUAUGAUAAUAUAUUUUAUUUUGUUUCACUAUUCAGGAUCUAGGCUCAAUAAAAAUAUAUUAUUAUGUAUGCCUUACUAUAAACUAUAAAUCUAAUAUGAUAAUAUAUUUUAUUUUGUUUCACUAUUCAGGAUCUAGGCUCAAUAAAAAUAUGUAAUGCCCAACAGUUAACAGUUCCUUUAACUUUAAAGAACUGAUGGGCAUUACAGUUACAGUACAGUAUAGCAAUUGACAAUCAUGAUUGAAUAAGCCAUCAAUGAAUACUAUGCUGGAAAUAUUGAUAUCAAGUAUUCAAGGGGAAAAUGUCUGAGUCAAUCAUCUGAUGAUACCAGCUUUAUCAACCAUCUUAGGUGUCCACUUUUGUAACUUCUCAAUUUAUGAAAUUUAUGUGUCAAACUAUGAAACUCUCACACUUGGGAGAUAGUAUAAGACACUAAAGUGUGUUGAUUCAAACUAUCCAUUUUCAUCAUAAAGAAGAGAACAUUAACUCCAUAUAUGAAAAGAUACUUUUUUCAAGUCUAAAGAAAUUGAAAAAUUGCUAUUGCUGUAAAUUUAAUAAGUAUUAAUAAAUGUUUACAUGUAUACACCUUAAUUGCUUUAUUUUGUUCAUUUGUGAUGUAUCUCAAUGUUUUAUUUGAUAAUUUCAUGCUUGUUUUUAUAUUAAUCAACAAAAUGCUGCAUUGCGAUAAUCAGGAAUUUUGAGUUUCAUUAAGUUUCAGGGAUUGAAAAAUUUGUAAAUGAAGUUUCAGGUUUCAAGAAAUUUUUAGAAAGGGAUUUCAGGGUUCACAGCUUUCAGUGAGUGGCACCCCUGAUUAUAAGCAAACUUGACUGGUUCACUAAUACUACACACUAAGCAUUUUCAUGGAGCCUGAUUCUGGUUAUAAGCUUGAAAUGGACAAUAAUUCUUCCUUAGAGGAAUAUUUUUUAUUAAGAUAGCACUUCAGAAGUUUCUGAUACAGAGAAUACUGUAAAGUAUCAUCAUAAUAAUAUUAUACAGUCUUGUGGCAAAACAUAUUAAACACUGAAAAGGAAAUUCAUGAAUGGACAAGUUGCUACCAGAUUGCUUUGAGAACUAGAAGUAUAAAUGAUUUUUCUUUAUUGCCAAAUAGAAAUUUAACAUGCCGAAUUAGUAAAUCUUUAUUUUCGCAUUUUAAUAUACAUUUUGUAUAUAUUUUGGGGCUGUUUUUUUUUUCAAUUGUGAGAUAUGACCGAUUUUUCAAUCUCUCGUCUUUUGAGAGUUAUAAUACAUAAUAAACUUUAAAUACAAGGUACAUGAUGUUAAAAUUUAUCAAAAUAAAAGGUUUGAAAUCAAAUGCUUAAACAACUUACCAGGUUAGAUUUUCCUGAUAACGGAGAAUAACUAAAAAUCAACCAGAAAAGUGAUUGGGAGGGGGUGCGUUCUAGAGCGGUAUUCUAAAUAUAUCACUGUAUUGUAAUUUAAAUGUCCAGCUAAAUUUCAUCACAGACUGUGUGUUAGGUUGGAAUGGUUUGCUGAUGAUGUUUUUCUUAAAUACAUAGUAUUCUGUCUUUAUAUUUUUCUUAGAAAGCAUUGUGAGUUUAAAAUGGGAUAGAAAUGUGGUGCUUGUCACAGGAACAGUAUGACAUUUGAUACUGUAAAAGUAAUAUUCUCUUCCUUUACAUUAAGGUGCAAACUGUUCAGCAAUAAAUUGAAUGCAGUAAAUAAAUAUGAAAAUGUUCCAUGAAUAUAUUAAAUUAAUUUUGUCUGUAAUUAAAUAAAAAAAUUCCUUGCCUCUGAUUAAAAUUGGUUAAAAAAAAAUUGUUAAUCCCUAGUUGUUGUGUACAAAAAUGUCAUCCUUCCAUAAAUUAAGGGCUAACACCUUUCCUAUUCAGUAUUUUCAGACUUCUUUAACCUGCAACCAGUCAGUUUUUUUUUUUAUUUAAAAUUAUUUACAUUUCAUAUGCCAUAAAUAAUUAAGAAUGUCAUUUACCUUACCUUGAAUUAUUUACAUUUCAGUCUCCGAUGAAAUUGAGUUACCUGACAACUUAGGACAUGCUGUUGGGCUGGAGCGCCAUGAACUUUUAGCACAUCAGGCUGGCGAUGAUGUGAGUAUUUGAAAUUAAGGUCCAUCUUUGGUUAUAUGUCAAUUUGAAUGAAGACUUUUAUCAGCAUUGUGUGUGACACUUGAAUGGUUCUUAGGUUUCUGAUUUAAACGCUUUGUGUUUUUCUUUGUUGAAAGGACCCAUUUGAGAUGAAAGUACUUAAAGCAACAAAGGGCACAUUUGACAAACCAACUGUUAUAAAAUCUGUAAACCAAAGGAGGAUGAUAGGCUGCAUAUGUAAGUGCCUUGUUGUCGUGCUGUAUUUUAGAUUCUAGUUAACUUUUUUUCAUCUCAAGCAUUUUCUGGUACAAAAACACUAACAGUUUUAAAGAUGAGACAAUUCCUAGAAAGAAAUUGAUAUUUACUAUCCAAAAGAUAUACCAGUACAAGAAAUUACAGUAAUUUCUUAUGUGUAAAAACCAACUCAUGUAGGCCAACAAUAUUUUUGGAAAAAUAAAAAUGGUCAAAUUAACUUUUUAUUUUUCCAUGAAGUGAUUGUGUUAAAUUUUGUAACUUCAAUUAAUAAUGGUCUUACCACUUUCCUUCUUUUAAGUCAGUUAUGCAUUUCUUAGUUCUGCAACACUUGCUCUCAACAGGUGAAGAAGAUGCACUGACCAUAAACUGGAUGUAUGUACACAAAGGGGAGCCUAAACGCUGUGAAUGUGGUUACUGGUUCAAGCUGGUGGAUGCACCUGUUAAGAUUUACGAAUAACAGCACUUGUUGAUUUUCUAGUGCCAAUGUUUCCUUUUAAUUAACAAAUUAAAUCAUUCUCUUUAUUAUAUAAAUGGAAGGUCAUCUUGUACUAGCUGAAGUGUGUAAAGGAGAAAAUGAUUUUUGUUUUUUAAAAAAAAGUAGUAAUUAUUGAAUUAUUUCAUAUUUUAUUCCUUUGGUUUGACAGUUUUGACGGUGACAAAUAGUUAAAAAGUUUUGGUGUAUCAUUGUCUCACUUAUGUGUAUAGCUUUGCCACGAGCAGUGCUCAGUAACACAUUUGUCUUUAUGAGUAGCUCUCUGGUAACAUUGAGAUGAGAAUGUUGAUUAAAUUUUCAAGACAAAACCUGU